AUGAACCCCGCUCCGGUGCCGCCGCCGCCGGGACAGCAGGUGAUCCACGUCACGCAGGACCUGGACACGGAGCUGGAAGCUCUCUUCAACGCGGUGAUGAACCCCAAGCCCAGCUCCUGGAGAAAGAAGAUCCUGCCUGAGUCCUUCUUCAAGGAGCCCGACUCGGGCUCGCACUCGCGGCAGUCGAGCACGGACUCGGGCGGGCCCCCGCCACGGCCCGCCGCCGCGCAGCACGUCCGCUCCCACUCCUCUCCCGCCUCGCUACUGGGUUCGGCGACCGCUCCUCAGCACGCUCACCUCCGCCAGCGCUCCUACGACGUGACGGACGAGCUGCCGCUGCCUCCCGGCUGGGAGAUGGCGCUCACGCACACGGGACAGCGAUACUUCCUCAAUCACAUAGAAAAGAUUACAACAUGGCAAGAUCCUCGAAAAACCAUGAACCAGCCACUGAAUCACAUGAACCACCAUCCUGCAGCUACUUCCACACAAGUCCCCCAGAGGUCUAUGGCAAUGUCUCAGCCAAAUCUCGUCAUGAACCACCAGCACCAAAUCACCCCCAGCACAGCCAUGUCACAGCAGAGCCGUCCUCCCCAGACGCCACAGCCAGGGCUGCUGAACCUGCCCAGUGCUCUGACCACGCAGCAGCAGCAGCAGCAGAAGCUGAGGCUCCAGAGAAUCCAGAUGGAGAGGGAGCGAAUUCGGAUGCGUCAGGAGGAGUUACUGCGACAGGAAGCUGCUCUAUGCAGACAACUUCCCAUGGACUCAGAAAACAUGGUGCCAGUUCAGACAGCUGGGAAUACCCCUGCCAUGACACAGGACAUGAGGCCUAUUACAAACAAUGCAUCUGAUCCUUUCUUGAACAGUGGGCCAUACCAUUCCAGGGAGCAAAGCACAGACAGUGGCUUGGGAUUAGGAUGCUACAGCAUACCAACCACACCUGAAGAUUUCCUCAGCAAUGUAGAUGAGAUGGAUACAGGAGAAACUAUACCACAGACAACAAUGAACAUAAAUCCACAACAAACACGCUUCCCUGAUUUCCUCGACUGCCUUCCAGGAACAAAUGUUGACCUUGGGACUCUAGAGUCAGAAGACUUGAUCCCUAUUCUCAACGAUGUGGAGUCAGUACUCAACAAAAAUGAGCCCUUCCUCACCUGGCUGUAAUCAUUCAAUGCUGAUUUGGCCUGCAAUGCGACUCAGCAUUUCUUUUUCCUCUUGAGAUAGAGGUAGAAUAUCUGAAAGUCCUCAAGAGAUACAACUUACUGCCUUAAUGACUUUUGUUACAUCACCUUUAUGGUCACUUUAAUCUCUGCCUGGAUUUGAUUGACACUAAUUUAAA